ACACACAAAAAAGAUGACACAGACAAAUAAAAAAUAAACAUAAGACAGAAAGCAAUGAAAUGAAUUUAGUAGAAAAUAUCUUUUCCAUUCCAUGUAAAUUCUUCACAUUAAUAAAAUUUAGGUCAAUCUCGUAAAAAAAUGUGCCCUUAACAAUGUACACAGAGUCGUAAGCUGCGUACAACACAGUGUUGUCAGCUAGAAUUUUACUACACACCAUGAACGAUCAAGACUACGCCACAUACUUUUGUCGCCAUCCAGCAGUUUUACGCAAACUUUCUGGAAUGUGAUAUCCGUAUAGUAACGCAAGGUCAGAAUUGAGGUUUCUAUACUAUGAGCAGAAGAGAGACACGGACAAAACGUGGACGAUCCGGCAGCCCUCAAACAGGAUUCAGGUCUGCCAGUACAGGAAGAGGAAAGAAGAGAGCUGGACAGAAUCAGGAAGAUCCAGCUGAGAAAAUAGAUGACAAAGUAAAUGAUACCAGGUCGGAGCAGGGAACCAGUGCUGCUGUUGGAAGUGAGGCCCCUAAAGGGAAAACUGGAAAAAGUGUAAAACCAGUAGAGGAAGGCAAAACUAAGGAAACGGAGGGUUCAUUUCAGCAGCCGCUACCACCACCACUAUCACUGCCUCCACCAAGUCCUAAAUCAGAGGUCUUACCAACAAUGCAACGGAAAAGCUCCGAUGGUUCAAAUCACCCAAGUGAAACUGGUAUGAAAACUCCAACAGAAGAGAAAUUAAUUGCUAUUCCACCUAAGAAAAGAAAGAGUAAUGAUAUGGAAAAAGAAACAGUGCCACCCUCUAAACGACCUCUAAUUGACUUCAGUGAAUGGAUAAAUCAGAGAGUUCUAGCGCGACGUGAUGGAGUUUAUCAGCCAGGUGUUAUUAGAGAUAUCAAAAACAAUCGCCAUAUAGGAAUAUUAUUUGACAGUGAUAAGAACAUAGUGUAUUACAAUGAUGUUGCUGACCAGAGGAACUUUUAUGACAUCAUCAGUGAUCAUAGUCCAAUGGCUAUUAUGUUAGGUGUAGGUUCACGUGUCUGUGUGCGAACUCAUCCAGAGGAGAAGGUGUAUCAUGAAGGUCAGAUGGUGGCUAAACGUACCCAUCAAAUAGGUUACAGAGUUAGAACAAGAGAUAGUAAAUAUGAUGAUUGGGUAUCCAGAGCAAGUCUCAGACUUUUACAGCCGCCAUGGUAUGAAGAUUUAGAAGAAGGAAUACCAGAGCAAGAAACGCCGCCUCCACCACAGUUUAUAUCAACCCCCAUUUCUGUACAAGUUCCAGUACAACCCCAAGCUUUGCCUCCACACAUGGCACAUCAUUCUGAAAUAUCUCCGUCCAGUGUACAACGAUUUGAACGUUCUCCAUCAUUGCCUCAAAGUACAAGUAAUGAAAGAGGUGAUUCAUCUGAAGAUGAAAUGAAAAGUGAAGAUUUCUUUGAUUCCUCGGGAUUAAGUACACCUAGGUCUGGAAGUGCAACACCUGGAUCGGGGUCACGGUCACAAGGAAAUAGACAGCCACCAAAGAAGAGAGAAUCAGCAAGAAGUCGAAGUGCUCAGUCUGGCGAGAGUAGUCGAUCCAGUACACCUAGGUCACCAUCUACAUCACAGAAAUAUAAAAAAGGAGAUGUAGUUUCUACUCCUAAUGGAAUAAGAAAAAAAUUCAAUGGCAAACAGUGGAGGAGACUUUGUUCUAAGGAAGGAUGCACAAAGGAAUCUCAAAGGCGGGGUUAUUGUUCUAGGCACUUAUCAAUGAAAGGACAAAAGAAUGGGCGAGGUUAUCCCAGUAAAGGAGAUGAUGGACAGAUUGACUGGGAGACCCAAUCAAAUAGGGAUAGUGAAUACGACACGUCAGCUACACCAGUACGCUGUGAUGAAGCUGAGGCAGCUAAUAUGUUAUUAUCUCUGGGAAAUUCUCGAUCCACCACACCUGCCUACUCACCAACACCUAUGCAGAAUCCACUGUCACCGUUAACAGGAAGUGGACCAUCGCCUUCAACGGGAGGAAGAAAUUCUGUAUCAUUCACUCCUAUAUCUCCACUUCCCAGGUCACAUGCACAAGUUUAUAUGAAUUCUCCAACCAGAAGUUGGAGCUCAAAGUCUGGGAGUUCUUCAUCAGAGCAUGUAUCCCCUAUUACGCCAAGGUUUCCUUCAGGGUCUAAUGCCUUAGGGAUGAUGCAGCCUCAUUCAUUAGAACAUUUAUAUAAAAAUACUAAUCUUUCAAAGCAGGAUUCAUUACGAAGUGAAGAUUCUGGUAUUGACAUUCACACCCCGACUGGUCCAGGUUCUCAGAGAAGUCUGCCUUUUAGUGCUUACCCAAGUCCAUUACAGCAACAGAGAAUGGCAAGUUUAUCUAACAUGCCAAUGCAAGAGAUUCAGAAUAGGAUCAAAUCUACACAGAGCCACUCGCUCAGUUCAAUGCCUUCUCCUAAAUCUGUUCAGGAGAGACAAGCAGAGAAAACAUAUCAUCAGUUACGCAAUGUGCCAUUUGCUAUAAAUAACAAUCAGGUACCAAGGGAGGUAACCUCAAACAAUCAUCACAUGACAAGUGUUGCCAUAACAACUAUGGCAACUCUUAAAAGUUUGAUUAGUGCUAGUCCAAUGAGGACCCAAUCUUCUAUCAGCCCAGACCCUAAAACAGUUUAUGUAAACAAUCACAGCCAUGCUGGAAAGCCACCACAGAAGAUGUCCAUUAUACAGCAACAAUUACAACAGAUUACACCGAUGUCAUCAAUGAUAUCAGCACCUGUAACAUCAUUAUUACCUGUCAUGCCUGUCACCGAUGGCCCACAGAAAGUACAACAAAUUACAGAUAUUUCUACAGGAGAAAAUUCAAAUAAACCCGUGCCAGUGUUUCCUUGGCAUUCACUGGUUCCCUUCCUGACAAACACAGGACCUAGCAGUGGUAAGAUGGCUCCUCCUAUGGAACCAGUACAUCAGCCAGGAGAGUUGAAGAGGCUGUCACCUGCUCCACCACCAUCAUCUCAGAAGACCAAUGAACAUCAUCAUAGUAUAUCAGAAGCAGGUCCUUCAGUUUUGGAAGAAGAAGACAAUGAUGACUAUGAUGAUGAUGUGUUUGAUACUAACGAUAAACUUCCUGUCCAAUCAGAAUCUCCUCACGCUGAUGGGGCGGAGAAAGCAACAGGCAAAAAAGACAGCAAAGCAGCAAUAGCAAAAAGAAGGACACAAUCUCUCAGUGAUUUGAAAAACAAAGAUGAACCUAAAAGUCCCAGAAAAACAAAAGACAAAGAUCACAUCAGAAGACCAAUGAAUGCCUUCAUGAUAUUUAGCAAGCGUCACAGACAUUUAGUCCAUCAGAGGCACCCUAAUCAAGACAACAGAACUGUUAGUAAAAUUCUGGGAGAGUGGUGGUAUGCCUUAGGACCAAAAGAGAAACAGAAAUACCACGAUCUAGCUUACCAGGUGAAAGAAGCCCACUUUAAAGCCCAUCCAGACUGGAAGUGGUGUUCAAGGGAGCGUAAAAAGUCAAGUACGAUUGCUGAGAAGUUAAAACAGCGUAGUAGUACAAGUCGUAUUGAUGAUGAUGUCUUUGAAGAAGAAGAGACUGUAGAAGGUUUACCAGAUGUGGAUAUGGCAGAUGACGAAGAUCUCAAUAAAGAAUUGUCAUUGUUUGAAAUUAAAAGGGGGAGAUCUCAAAGUUUAUCAGCAGUGCCACAGGACGGAGACACAAGAUCGGCAUUCUUUCCUGCUAGUCAGACAGGAGAGGACAGACAGAAAUUUGCUGAGGCAUUAAAAAGACAGCUGUCUCAAACAUUUGGAGAACAGGAUUACCAUCAAUCUGAGGACAAUAAUCAUCCCCCUCAACCAAUGAUGCAGCCACAACACUUACCUAGGCCACGUCCACGGUACCAGUCAGUUACCAGACAACAGGACCAAGAGGAACCAGUCAGUGAUGAUGAAAGAAUGGUGAUAGAUGAAUCGAACAAAGAGGCUGAAGGCAAUGAAAGUGAGAAUGAGGCUAGUGACCUAAUUUGUAAGGAGCAUGUGUCUGAUAGUGAAACUGACAGUCAAACAGAAGAAGACAACCUCAUUGAAAACAAAGCGUUUCCACAGCAACGAUUUUCCCCUGUUAAACAUAUCAAUCCUGCAGACAUCACAUACCGUCCAACUCCUAUACGCAAAAUACCUGAAUCUCCGGUCAAAACUCCAACAAGAACAGUGGGUAAUGUAGACGUGGAGCAACUAAUUCCACGUCCUUCAAGUGUUGGAUCUAGUUUCCAACCAACAGGGGCAGUUUUCCGUGCCAAAGUUAAGCCCAAUCGUAAUAUGUCUAUUGGUAGUAUGCAGGAAUUAAAGCAAAACUCUCGCAUUCAAAUUACCCAGCAUCCAACUGUCAAAAUGGGGCAGAUGAAAAUUCACAAUAUAACAAUGACAACAAAGCCUAAUGAACAAAUCUUAAUGUCUUCUAAUACAGAAACAAUACUUGGUGAUCAAAAUGGUCAAGGAGCAAUGAUGAGAAAAACAUCACAAAAAAUGAGAGGGAAACCUGCUCCCCUACAUCAGAAUGUUACGAUGGGUGUCAACAGUGGUAAUAUGUUCCCUGUCACCUCCAGUAAUAUACAAAUUGUUAAUUCUAACCAGGCGUAUUUAACUAAUGCCCAUUAUGCCAUCAAUACUGUAGCCUCUACUUAUUCCACUAUGGGAAAACCCAUCUCAACUCCAGUACCAAUAGCCUCUAAGCCUAUUGUGUCAAUGCAACAGGGAGCCAUGUUGAAACCUACAACCCUACCUGGGAUGAAUUUACAGCAGCAACAACAAGCUCUAUAUCAAAACUCACAAAACAAUGGUACCAUAGUCUUACAGCCUUCUAAUCAGCAGUAUGGCAUGACCAUCCUAAACUCUGCAAUGCCUAAAACAUCAGCUAUUCAGACGAGUAUGGGAGGAGGAUAUAUCACAACGUUACGUAACAUUGCCCCUCCACAGAAUCACCUAGCCCAACAGCCACACACACCAACACACAGUGUAGCUCCACAGACUGUUCUAACUAAUGUUGUACUCAAAACAACUCAGCAACAGAUGGCAGCACCUCUUACUGUGCAGACAUCUCAGUAUCAACAACAUCAGGCAUUUACUCAGGCAAAUCUACAGCCCGCACAACUUCAAUAUAUCCUGCCCUCAGUAAGGGUGGCUCCCUCUGGUGGAGGCAAAGUUCAAAAUAUUUUACAGAUGGCUCUGCCAGGGACACCAGUACAGCAAAGUAAUAUUCAGUUUACGUUUACAGGGAACCAGUCUCCACUUCCUCAACAUUCACCAUCCCCACAUUCAGCACAGGCUGGUAAAUUUCAAAUUGCAUCAGGAACGACUGGAUUGAGAUUAGUAGGACAGCAAGGGAAAGUUUAUCAACAGGCAAAUCUCAUGUCUCCAAACCCUAAUCUCAAUUCACCUAUUUUACUUAAUACCAUGGCCAAUAAACAGCAGACAGUUCUCACACAGUUCCCAGCUCUUAAUCAAGGUGUUGCUAAUGUAAUGGCCUCGCCCUUGACAACAGUAUCCUUGGCUCAGCCAGUAGUCUCCCUUGGAGCUCUCCAACAACAGCAAGCUCUACAUACACAUCAGUCCUUACCAACACAUAUACAGAUACAGCAAGGAACACAACAACAAAUAUUCCAGCAGCCAUCGACACAACAGAAAAUACUGUUGACUACUCCUAAUUCCAGAUCACAUGAUACUGUGCAAACAAUUAACAAUGUAACCAUGGUAGCAGGAUCGCCAUCUCCAGUAUCUAAGAGUAUUAGUUCCCCUGCAUAUGCAUAUGUUGGUUCUAUACAGCAAGGUUCACAAGGAGCAGUGCAACAAGUGUUGAUACAGCCUCAGGCAACCAGAUCACCGGCACCAAGUCCAGGGGUUAGCCAACAUAAUAUAGCCCCAAAACCUAUGACACAACAAACAGUUCAAAGUCCACCUCAGAGUCAAUAUCAAGGGACUUUCAAGUCACCCAAUACAAUGACCACUGAGGCCAAAGGUGAUAUAGGUUACAUCUCAGGUGGCAAUCAGAAAUCUCACAAGAUAAAGGCCACCAUUGCCACUAUACCUGUUGCCACAGAAAGUUUACAAGUCACGACAACCAUUCCAGCCUCACGGAUGAAUUCACAUGUACAGAGUCCAAGGCUUUCACCAGUCCAGCAAUAUGGUAGACCACAGCAGUAUGGCAUGCAGCAUAAACCUACAAGACCUUCACCUCUUGUCUUGACCUCUGAACCUUCAGAGGUCAGAGAUCAGAUCUAUGAUAAAAAAGAAGAGUUAUUACAAAAUUCAGAUAUAAAGCCACAGAGGGCAUGUAAAGGAAAGAAAUACAAAGAGCUUGUUGAACAAGGUGGCAUAAGGAAAGAGAGAAAAUCAUCAAAAGGGAGUACAGAUUCCAGUGAGGAGAAGUCUCCUACACAGAUACAGCCUCUACAAGACCCUCCUGAUCCAGCCUCUCUACUGACGGAUCAGACCCCAGAGCCUACACCAACAAGUGAGACAAAGACUGUAACGUUUAGUAAUUCUCCUAGUAUAUGUAUGCCUGCUCCACUCACGACCACCAUGCCAACAGCUGCAGACGGCAAGCCACCAGAAAGUCCAAGGAAGACAAAGAUCAAGCCCCCACCAUUACCAGUUAAUGUUUUACAGCAAGCCUCCUCGAUACAGUCCCCCAGCAGUACCAAUAGUCCACGGAGGGUAACAUUCAAAAAGUCAGUGUUAGAUGGCAUGGAAAAAGUACUAGAAAGAGUUGAUUUUGACAGAAGAUUUGAACAACUACCACAGUUUGUUCCAGAAAGUACCGAUAUGUCUUCUCCAUUACCACAAAGUCCCAGGGGUAUUAUAAGUAACUACAGGAAGAGGGGCAGAAAGGUGUCAUCUCUAGCUACAGGUGAACUGACUCCCAAAGAUAUAGAACUGUAUGAAGGACAAUCUCCCAGCUACAAGAAAGUAUCCAGUGAGUCAGAAGGAACACCAAUGGGAACGCCAUUAGGAACACCUUUAGGAACUCCAUUAGGAACACCUUUAGGGACACCGUUAGGAACACCAUUAGGGACACCUCGCACACCAAUGACAGGAACACCUCGAAGUGCUAGAUUUAAUGAUGAUAACAUGUUCUUUGGUAAAAGUUUCAAUCUUGAGACGUUAGCAGAUACUGCAGUCUUGACCAAACCUGAUGAGUUUGGUGAUGUUAGUUUAGGUUCACCAAGAACACCUAAGACACCAAGUUCUCCAGGACAGUUUUCCUCGUUGAGAAGGAUCUUGGAUCAGAGGAGACAACUUGUGAUGCAGUUAUUUGAGGAGUAUGGACUGUUUCCAUCAGCACAAGCAACAGCCUCAUUUCAAUCAGAGCAUGCAAGUAUAUUCCCCACCAAAACUUGUCUACAGUUAAAGAUACGAGAAGUUCGACAGAAAAUGAUGGCUCAGUCAGCGGCAGUAGAGAGGGCAGCUACAGGAGAGGAUUCUAAUUCUAUAGGAAGUACUGGCAGCAUUCAAGGGGGAGAUAACUCCGGACAGGGGCAGUCAGAAUGAUGUCAAGGAAGAUAACUCUGGGCAGGCCCAGUCAGAACGAUGGCAGCAUAUUUGGAGAGAAUUCAAAGAGGCAGGUCCUUUUUGGAAUGAAAUAUAUUUUAAUUUUAAAAUAUAAUAUUUGUUACUUUAGAUUUUAGUUGUUGUAAGUUGUGUAUAUAUAUAAGAAUCUUUGUAAAUAUGUACAGAAAUGGACAACAAACUGUUUAUAGGUUUGGUCUUAAAAUGAAAAGCAAUGUUUUAGCUUGGAUGACUAACUGUAUUAGAAUAUCAGAAAAAGAACGAUUGCCCUUGGAUUACAAACUGUAUUAGAAUAUCAUAAAAAGAACGAUUGCCCUUGGAUUAAAAGCUUCACAAGUAAAUCUCAAGACAAUGUUACAAUGUGAUGGUUGGUCAAAUCUUAACUGUUUAUAAUUAUUGAGUUGUUUUAGAUGGAAUGGCUGAAAUCCUUAAUAAUGCAAUGAUUUGAACAAAUAUUUAGUGGAAAGUAAUUUAAUGUAUAAGUUAUUUAUAUAGGCUAAUAACACUUGAAGUUUUUUAUUUGAAAUGCUAGAAUUAUUAUCUAGAAAAGAAAAAAAAAGUUGUUUUUUUAAAUUAUAUUUAUUUAUCCUAUUGAAAUUAUUAUACCUUUCAACAAGUUGGAAUGAUAGGUUUUGCAGUCUUUGUGUUUAUCCAUCUGUUUAAUAGUCUGUUUGGUUUUUUAUUACAUACUUGGUUAUGUCCCUUUAUCUGUUACAUACUUGGUUAAACUAUAAGUUGGGUUAGUGUACAAUUAAAUUGUGGGCACAGUAUCUUGAAACUAAGACAACACAUGUUCAUAUUGAUAUGACCUUAUUUAUAUAUGCAAAUUUAGUGUUUUGACCAAGAUUUCACAGUGAAAUGAACUAGGAAAAACGAUAUCAUGAAAUGGCAGGGUGGCCUGUAAAAUUAUACAAACAUCAAAAUAUAUUGUCCAUGCAUUGGAUGUUACUUGAAGAUGUUUUUUAAUAUGUUUUCUUCAAAGUUUUCAUGUUUUAUAAUUAUAAUUUAUCUAAAGGAAAUCUUAUUAUCUUAUGAAGAACAAGUGAAAAAUAUAUUCAGCAGUCAAAUGAAAACAAAAUAUGAGAUUAUUAUUAUGUUUAAGAUGAAAUAGUGUACUAUGUAUGUCUGUGUUCCAUCAUAUUGAUGUAAGGACCUUUGAUUCGAACUUAGAAUUUAAAUUGUUUAUUUUUUGUUGUUAUUUAGAAUGGUAAGGUCAAUUUUUAAAAUUAUAAUGACUCGUAAUAUGAAUUCAAUUAACUUUAUGGAAUUUAGUAUGAUAAUAACAGCUAUUGCAGCAGAAACUUGAGUCACCAAUUUAACCUGUCUAUACAGACCACUUCUACAGUCACCUGUUUGUCUAUACUGAACAAUUGUUUUAUUUUUGAACAAGUCUACAGUUCAAGUGCGAUUAAGAGUUCGAACAAUUUGCAUGAAAGAUGAUCGGUACUUUCAAACUUUUUACAGUUUGGUUUAAUUAGGUACUUUCAAACUUCUCACAGUUUGGUUUAAUUUUUAAAAUGAAAGGUACUUUCAAACUUCUUACAGUUUGGUUUACUCCUUAUGAUGAAAUAUUUAGAGGGAGGGUGAUCAUAGCAGAAAACAGAUGGAUAGGAUUACUGUACUUUAAAGUUAUUUGAAGAUGUGCAAUCAGAAUUUUUCAAUUAAACUUAUUUUAAACUGAUUUUAUGUACAUAUUUCUAGAGUAUGAUGUAUAGUGUUAAGAGAUAGAUAUAUUUAUAUAUAUAACAUGUAUAAAGUGCUUCUCCUUUUGUUACCCCUGGUAUGAAAUCUCCUGUUGUUACCCCCUGAAAUAUUUGUUAUUUGUAGAGGGUGUUUGUUUGUUAUAGUGAAUAUUGUUGAUAUCUUACACUACUGCAAAUUAAAUUGUUAUUUUAAACACAAGGUUAGCAACAUAACAAGAUUGACCGCUAUAUUCAGAUAUUUUCAAAAUCAUUCUCCUGACUAAAAUAUGUAUGAUAACACAAAUGUUGUUAUUGAAAUAUUUGUUUGGAAUAUAAAUGUAAGUUGAAAGAAAAUCAGGUCACAAUUUUAGGAUUAAAGGUGACCAUUGACCAGAAAUUUUGGUCCAACAUAACUAGUUGUAUGACAAACACAAAAUGGUUAAUCUCAACAAACUUUACAAAUUACAUAUCAUAACUUGCAAAAAAGAUCGUGGAAAGUUGAUUACUUGUGACGCAAGAUAUCAAUAAUUUUAAUAAUAUGGUGAAAAUGAAAAUGAAUCAAAAAAUUUAUGCCUUAGCUGCCAUUUCCUUUAUAUUUAAAUAAUGGAUGUUGUAACAUAAAUAUAUUAUGUCGGAAGUUGAAUGUAAUUUGUUUGUCUUGAAAAUAAAAUCAUGUUGAACAAAAGGUUGCCAAGAGAAUGCUCUUAUUUUAUCGUUGUACCUUACAUUUGGUAUCUUAAACUGUUGUUAUAUAGGAUAUUUUACUUCUUGAAUUAAUAUUAAAGUAAAGAGAUAUGUUAAAAGGUUAGUCAUUUGUUUUAGAAUGGUUAGUGUAUUUUAUUAACAUUUUCCUGAUUUUAAACGACAAUUAUCUCCCUUUGAUUUGAGUGCUAUAUUUUUUAUAAAUGUAAAAUGGGUUAUACACAAAUUUAUGUUCAGUUUUUCUUGUAUUUAAUGUGAAUGUUAAGAAUUUUUCAAAGGUCUAUUGUUUGUGAGAAUUUAUUGGUGGCAAGCAGAAUUAAAUGAGCUUUCAUGUGUUUAAAAACAAAAAGGAUCUCACUUCUUUUAAGUGCAAUAUUUCGAUUACUAUGUAAUGUAGAAUGACUUUUUAAUUGUUGUUUUUUAUUAGAUCAUCUCCCUUUAGUAAAAUGAAAUGCGCUCAGAAUAUUUUUUGUUGUUUAUUUUUUAAGAUUAUUUCGGUUUAGUAUGUCCCAUGUCUGCUAUUAUGGAACAACCCUUAAAUUUAAAGGAGAGAAUUUUAUGUGAGGUGUGUGAGUUCUUGAAUUUUCCUUCUUCAACAAACACAUCAAGAUAAAAUAUAGUUUCUUCACUGUUUAGUUAAGACACAAAAUCAAUAUUAUCAAAACAAGUAUAUAUAUUAACCCCAGGUUUAUGCUUAAGAAUUUUUACUCCUGUCAUAUAUUAUUAUUGACAGAUUAAAUUGAUCUAAAUUUAGAAUAUGUAUGUAUAGAAAAAAUAAAUUCAGAAAUUCAUUACGAAAUUUGGUAUUGCUGUUCAAAUCUCUUAUAAUACACAGCUACUUUUUCAUAGGUACUAUUUCUGUACUUAAAAAAUGCAGUACUGGAAAUUUACUUUUAAUAUUUAGUACUAUUUCUUUACUUUAAAACUAUUGUAAUAUUUAGGUACUUAUAAUUUACAGUACUUGAUUUGUACUAAAUAUUUUGGUACAGAAAUAAUACAAUAUUCCAUGUUUGAAAAUCAUUACUUAAAGAAAUUUCAAGUACAAAUAAAGUACUGUAAAAUACGGUACCUAAAUAUUACAAUAAUUUUAGAGUAACAAAACAGUACUGACUUUUAAAAGUAGAUUUCCAGUACUACAGGUUUCUGUAUAUGUUGUCGUAUAUGUGGCUUCAUUUGUCAUAAGCCCCUUUAAACUUUGAUAAGUCAGACUAUUUUUUUCUGUCAAGCAAAAUUUAUCUUCUACCUGUUGCAAUAUUGAACAAUUUUGUGUUUGUUGUUGUUAUUGCUUUUGAUAGGUGGCUUAUUGACCCAUGUUGUUUGUGGUUAUUACACUGUAAUAAUUUUAACCUUAAACUUUGUUUUUAGCAUAAAAUACAAGGUGAAACUGAACUUGAAUUUGGAUGACCAAAGGAAAUGUAAAUAAUGAAUAUAUGUAUCAUAUGUGUUGUGUACCAUUGAUAGUGUAUAUAUGUAAACAACAUGUGUAAUGUACCAUUCCUACUUUUUUGUGAAUCUGUUGUAUAUAUUGUAAAUAUUUGUUUAAAACACAGAUCAUCCAUGUUUUAAAUAUACAAAUAUAUUUUUUUGAAUAUAUGUGGAUAAUAUAGGAUACAGAAGACUAAUUCAUGACAUACAUUUACUUGACUAAACCCAAAGACCAGUGUUAUUAUUGCUAUUCGUUAUCUUAAACUCCUAAUUAGAAUAUGUAAAGUAUAUAAACAGUAUACAAAACACAACAUAGAAAACUGAUGAAGACCAAGCAACAUAAAAACCACAAAAAUUAGGCGUGAAGUGAGGUGCACACCAAGGGGAAGCAGUUCCUACUUCAGAAGUGGCACCCUAAUUGAGAAUUUCAAAGAGUUAUUAGAUAAGUCAUCUACCACAGGGAAGAUUUAUGUGUCGAAAUACGGAAAUAUUUGUUUGUCAAAAUUACUUUACACAAAGCCUACUUGUUGUCAUUUUAAGGCAUAAGUUCUUUAAAUUAGAUAACACAGAUUAUAUUUUCACCAUAAUAUAACUCUAGAAAAAUAAAUGUAUAGCAAAAUUUCAGUCAUUGAUAUUGACUUAAGGUGGUUCCAUACACUACAGGGAGAUAACUCUGUAAAGUCAGCUAAACGUUUUAAUUACAUUGUGUUGUAAAGGGAAUGUUAAGCUUCUGAAUUAUCAAAAUUGGUGUUUGUCAAACUGCUAUAUAACCAGUGUAAUUUUUCUGACAAAAUGAUUGGUUCAAAAUUUUUAAAAUUUGUUGGAUGGUCAAAGUAAAUACAUUGUCCAAAUUUUAUGAAAAUUAAAAUAGCCAAAUUAAUUUUAGUGAAAGUGUUGAGUACUACCUUAAUCCCUUUUCCUAAGUAACAUUUGCAUCCUAUACAUUUAUUGACCUGCACUUUUCUGAUAUAAAAAUUGACAGAAUACUAAUCUCCUACAACAACUAAAACAGAAGAAAAAUAAGGAAGUAGUACAAUUAGUUGUAUAAACUAUCUCCUUCUUCCUUAGAAACAUACCAUAGUAUUGAUUUAAAGACUCUAGUUUCUGAUUUAAUAGCCCACACAAUUUUUACAGUUCAAAGGUUUCAUGGUAUGAAUAUUUAAAACAGGGAUGAUCUUAUCAGUGUCUGUGAUAGAACUCUCCUUUAUUAGAGGUACAAAAGUUCAUGUGAUCUCUCGGGAGAUUUGUAUAUAAGUAGAAUUGACAAGCUUACAUAAUACAUGUUAUAUCUUUACUUAUUUGUAAAGAAUAAAAACAACUUAAAAAUG